AUGAGGUGGACGAGCUUGGCAGCCGGCGCCUGCGUAUUCAGCGCUGUGCAGCUGGUUCAGAGCCAGUAUGUCGAGGAAACGGUCUAUCCCUCACCAAAUGCCACCGGCACAGGAUGGGAAGACGCAUUCGCCAAAGCAUCUGCCCUCACGGCGCAAUUGAACCUGACGGAGAAGAUCUUCGUGGUCACAGGCGUCCAAGGUCCCUGUGUGGGCAAUAUCCCCGCUAUUCCACGCGUAGGAUUCAAGGGUCUCUGUCUGCAGGAUGGCCCUCUUGCGAUUCGUCAAGCUAGCUAUGCGAGCGUCUUCCCGGCAGGCUUGUCUGCUGCCGCAACGUGGGAUAGAGAGUUGAUUUAUCAACGCGGUGUUGCGCUCGGACAGGAGUUCAGAGGCAAGGGCGCCAAUGUCAUAUUAGGGCCGGUUGCAGGCCCACUUGGAAGAUCAGUCGAAGGAGGAAGAAAUUGGGAAGGUUUCUCCCCGGAUCCGUACUUGACUGGCAUUGCAUUUUCCAAGACGAUCGAAGGCAUCCAAUCUCAGAAUGUGCAGGCAUGUGGCAAGCACUACAUCGGCUACGAACAGGAAACGCAGCGCAAUCCCACAGUGAACGCAGAUGGGGUGACAAUAGAGGCCGUGUCGUCCAAUAUCGAUGAUCGCACCAUGCAUGAGCUCUAUCUCUGGCCCUUUGCUGAUGGUGUCAAGUCAGGCCUUGCCUCCAUCAUGUGCAGUUACAACCGUCUGAAUGAGACGUACGCCUGCCAGAACAGCAAGACUCAAAAUGGGCUGCUGAAAACCGAGCUGGGCUUCCAGGGAUAUGUGAUGUCAGACUGGGGUGGCACCCAUUCAGGCGUCGACGCCAUUAUGUCAGGCGAAGAUAUGAACAUGCCAGGAAACCUGGGCCCUGGCGACUCAACUGUCAGCUCCUAUUGGGGAUACAACAUUACCACCUUCUUGAACAACGGAAGCGUGUCAGAGAGCAGGAUCGACGACAUGGCGCGGCGCAUCCUGACUCCGUAUUUCUACUUCCACCAGGACAAUGACUCCUGGCCCACCAUAGAUCUGGAUACCGUCCUGCUGAAUGGGGGUAUCUUGCGCAAUAACGUCCCGGCAUAUCAACACCCCUUCAACUUUGGGAACGUGUCAGAUAUGAACCGGGAUGUCCGGGCCAACCAUGGCGACUUGAUUCGGCAGAUCGGUUCUGCGUCGACAGUCCUUCUCAAGAACGUGAAUAACACUCUGCCUCUGCGGUCGCCCAAGCGAAUUGCUGUCUUUGGCAAUGCUGCUCCCGACUCGUCCGGGGGACCAUAUGAUCCGGAAAACGAGAACGGUCCUCAGGCGGUUGGAGGCGGUUCUGGAACUGGUCGGUUUACGUAUCUGAUCUCGCCCCUAGAGGCGAUCAAACAACGCAAUCCGUCAGCCUUGGUAGAGUACAUCACAGACAAUACGCUUCUUACUACACAGCAGUCGUCAACCAUCUCGACCAUCUACCCCCAGCCCGAUGUCUGUCUCGUGUUCCUGAAGUCGUUCGCCACAGAAGGAGCGGAUCGGACGAGUCUUCUGUGCGAUUAUAACUCCACAGAAGUGGUCAACACUGUCACCUCGUCCCGGCUAUGCCCCAACACGAUUGUGAUCACCAAUUCUCCGGGCCCCAACGUGUUACCGUGGGCAGACAACGAGAAUGUCACGGGCAUCAUUGCGGGACACUACCCUGGCGAACAGAUCGGAAACUCCAUUGCGGACGUCUUGUUCGGUGAUGUCAACCCGUCAGGCAAACUGCCCUACACCAUCGCCUAUCAGGCAAGCGAUUACAAUGCACCAAUCGUCAACUUCACGGGCGUCAAUAACAAUGAUCCCAAUCUCUGGCAGUCCAAUUUCACGGAAGGUCUGCUGAUCGACUACCGCCACUUCGACUAUAGCAACAUCACGCCUCGGUACGAGUUUGGAUUUGGCUUGUCGUACACGACCUUUUCGCUCUCCAACCUUCAGAUAUCAAGUAAUGCAUCGAACGUGACCGCGUACCCGCCAAGCUUGGGGUCGCAGAUCCCGCCUCCAGGGGGAAAUCCAGCCCUGUAUGACAUUUUGGCGACAGUCACCGUGGAUGUGAAAAACACAGGCAGAGUCGCAGGGGCGACCGUCCCACAAUUGUAUCUCGGUUUCCCUCCUGACACGCCAGGGACAACGCCACCGAAAGUGCUGAGAGGAUUCGACAAGACCAGCGUGCUGGCCGCUGGACAACAGGAGACGAUUCGGUUCAACCUGCGGAGAAAAGACGUGUCGUUUUGGGAUGUCGUGCGUCAGGAAUGGGCCAUCCCGUCGGGGUCGUUUAAUGUCCUCGUUGGACAAAGCAGUCGCGAGCUGCCUCUGAGUGGUGAAGUAACUUUCUUGUAG